GCUUAUUCAAAAGCUUUCAAGCGAUUUUAUAAUUCUGAAAACUAAAAUAUAGCGAAGCUCGUGCAUUAAAUUUAAAAAAAAAAAUGCGUCCUGAAAUUCAGGUCAAUCUUAUAACAGAGCAGAGGAAACAUUUGGAGGAAUAUCUACAAGUCCUAGGACCUGUCGUUGAAUCGAUGAAACAUGCCUUGGAAAAAAGUAAGUCGUGGAUAGAAGAUAGAAAUGACAACCCGUCUAUCACACACAUGGAGCUGUGCCAGGAACUUGAAUCAGUGACCACGGCUUUGUUGGGUGCUGCGUCACACAUUAUCGGACGAAACAAAAACAACUGCUGUGACAAUAAAGCAACUGCAUUUCCGACUGCACCACAAACUACAGCAACUGAAAAAGCUGAUGGUGAUUUAGGCCUAUUAGCACAUCACGUGACUAAACAACAAACUGCGCAAAUACUGACUCGAAUAGAGAUGAUAGAGACAGCUCUCUCUUUGCUACAAGACACAAAACAAAAGACUGAAGACGAUAUAUCAGAAAUUAAACAAUGGAGAGAAAACUUUCUAUCAGAACAAAAUGAUACAGCUGAAAAGUUUUUUAGACAACAGACAGAAAAUAUUGGAAGCCUUAGAGAACAAAUGAGUGAACAAGAUAAUAAAGUAAAGGAGCUGAACAAAGAAUUUGAAAGUUUAAAAGAAAACGAAUCCAAGUCAAACAAAACACUAGAGAAACUGUCUCUAGAUAUGAAAGAAUAUGAAAACAACUUAAAGAAAAUAAAUACAGAGAUUUAUACAGACAAAACAGACAAUAUAGCUAAAGAGAUAGAACACACAGUAAAUGAUGUUUUAAGCUUUUCAACAGCAUUUCAGACAAUGGGGUCACGUGACUGUAAAAGAUACGCUUGUUUUAGUCGCAUCACUAGAAACCCUCCUGUUCGUAUUGGGUCAAUCAUUUCCAGAUUUGAUGACGUACGUGAAUAUAACGGUCAACAUAUCAACUCAACAACUGGCAAAUUUGUAUCACCACACGAUGGUUUAUACUUGGUCUGUAUCACUCUACAUGAAUGGUCGGAUAGAAUGAUUCGCGUUGGUGUGUUCCUUGAAGACAAGUUGAGGCAGAUUGUCAAAGUUGGUAGUGCAAGUACCAAAGCUUCUGGAUCAGUUGUGAUUGACAUGAAGAAAGGCGAAGAGCUUUACUUACAAGUAACUCAGACAGAAGAGGACGCUUGGUUGUCCUUGAACAGUAGUUUUACUAUCGUUAUGUUAUAGGGGUACAACACAAGUUAUACAGUUGUUUUAGUAUCGUUAUGUUAUAGAGGUACAACACAAGUUAUACAGUAGUUUUAUUAUCGAUAGAUUAAAGAAGCACAACACAACAUAUACAGCAGUUUUUAUAGCGUUAUGUUAUAGAAGUACUACAUAACAUAUAUAGUAGUUUUUAUAUCGUUAGUUUAUAGAAGUACAACACAACAUAAACAGCAGUUUUAGUAGCGUUAUGUUAUAGUACAAGACAACAUAUACAGUAGUUUUUGUAGCGUUAGGUUAUAGAGGUACAACAUAUACAGUAGUUUGUUUAACGUUAGAUUAUAGAGGUACAACACAACAUAUACAGUAUUUGUAUCUUUAGGUUAUAGAAGUACAACACAACAUAUACAGUAGUUUUUGCACCGUUUGUGACUUUAUGACUAUAUGUUGAUAUUUGUCUGAAUAUUUAUGGACCUUCGACUUUUGUUCAUCACACAUUCAUAAUAGUGUUACGGUCUAGUAAUAUUUGAACUUUCAAGUAUAACGUUUCUCUUAGUUUAUUAGUUUAAUAAUGUUUGUAAAGAGACUAUUAAGGGCUGCAUGUUGUAAAUUAUUAUUGUGUUGACAAUAUGAUAACUGCAUACAUUUUCACACUAAUGUUUCCUUGCUAUCCAUAAAAUGUAAUACAUUUAGGGCUAUCUGAUUAUAGUCGAAUCCUAAAAUUGUGUGUAUAUUCUGUAACAUAUGGUAUGGCUUGGCCUAGCGGUAGAGUUCUAGACUGCUAACCCAAGAGUCUCGAGAUUGGAUCCUUGUUGAAAUCAGUGGAUUCCGCCCAGAUUUGAAGCAGGUGAACUCUACUCUACUUGGGCACGAACGGGCAACGAUUAUCAUAUAGUAUAAUUUACUUUUUCCUUUAAAAAAAAGUUUUAAAAGUUUACUUUGUAAAAAGUAAAACGUUUGUUGCAAUAUAAAUACCAUUGUAAACCAUAUUUCGA